CCGGCUCUGGGUGGGGGGAGUGGGACUCAGCGUGCAGUUGUAAAGAAGGCGCGAAAAGAGGCGCAAAGGCGAGUGACAGACCUGCCCUGUGCUUAGCUUCCCAGGACGGUGUUAGCACAGCCAGGUCCAGGGAUUCCAGUUGAGAUCAGUUUGGCAGCCAGACCCGUAUUCUUUCCCCAGGAAGAGCAGCUGUUAUCAAGAGCAGCACCAACAAACCUGUGCUUUGGGACAGGACCCAUGGCCUCGAGCCCAGGUUGGAGAGCGUUUACAUCAUUUGCCAUGAACCGCUGUGGUGUCCUUCGGAAGGCUGUGAGAAGCAGCGGUUUUCCCUUGUUUCCCUGGGGCCACUGUCCCUGGAGGGGAACCGGAAGCUUUUUGGACCCUGAGAUGAAAGCUUUCCUGGAGGAGAACACUGAAGUCACCAGCCGUGGUAGCCUCACCCCUGAAAUCCAGUUGCGGCUUUUGACCCCCAGAUGCAAGUUCUGGUGGGAGAGAGCUGACCUGUGGCCCCACAGUGAUCCUUACUGGGCAAUCUACUGGCCAGGAGGCCAAGCCCUGUCUAGGUAUCUUUUGGAUAAUCCUGACAUUGUCAGGGGAAAAUCUGUGUUAGAUAUUGGGAGUGGAUGUGGAGCUACAGCUAUCGCUGCUAAGAUGAGUGGCGCUCUAAGGAUCUUGGCCAAUGACAUAGACCCUAUUGCAGGAAUGGCUAUUACACUAAACUGUGAGUUGAACCAACUGAAUCCUUUUCCCAUUUUAACCAAAAACAUGCUGGAUUUGGAACAAGAUAAGUGGGACCUUGUUGUGCUUGGAGAUAUGUUUUAUGAUGAAGGCCUUGCAGACAGUCUACAUCAGUGGCUGGAAAGUUGCUUUUGGGUCCACAGAACUCGCGUACUAAUUGGGGACCCUGGGCGACCCCAGUUCAGUGGACAUAGCAUUCAGCAUCAACUGCACAAAGUAGCAGAAUAUUCACUUCCGGAGCCUACUCGGCAGGAGAACAACGGACUGACAACAAGCACGGUGUGGGAAUUUCAGCCUUGAGCUGUUGAGGUACCUCCAGUAGGGAUAUAGCUAUGUUUGGGUUUAACCCGAAAAGACUGUCCAGUUCAAAGAAGGACAAUUUGUGUUAAAUGGCAAAUCUCGUUUCCAAAAUAUGAAGGUUGAAGUUUUGUCACCCUUUGUUAUGUAACUUGUUCUGCAGUAAGCCAAAUAUAGAAAUCUCUAUCUGUAAUUUUUUUUCUAGUUUUACUGCUAUAGGAAUAUAAUUAUAGAAGGCAAUAUCCACAUGUAAUUUAAGCAGCUGAGAGGAAUUAGAUAUUUUAGCAGAGUCUCUUUCUAUAGUUGAGGACAACUGUGAUGUAUCUUUGAACUAAACAAAAUAAAAAAUACAGAAGAAUACUAUAUUUUAAAAAAUUAUCUGUUAAGAUCAGAGAUGCAGUUGGUAUGGUACAGAAUACAGUAAGUCCCCUACAUACGAACCUUCAAGUUGUGAACUUUCAAGGAUAUUAAAGUGCCCCUGUAUGCCAGCUGUUGUACUGUACUACCGUACUUUUCAAGAUACUCUACUGUAAGAUUUAAAAUGUUUUUUUUG